UUCUAACGUGUCGUUUCUUGAGCGCACUUCAUUUCCCAUGAGCAGUAGCGCCAUGCGUCCGUGUCACAUGACCGUGCCAACAUGGCGGCCGCUGUCUCCAGCGAACAUUUCGACAACUUGCAGCUUCUUCUGAAGGCUCCGUCUAAAGACGCAGUGAAGGACGUUUGUGUCCAGAGUCACAGAGGUCCGAGUCGGCGGCUGGCAGAGUCCACAGCAGCUACACUCAGCAUCCCUGCCGCCCAGGCUGCUCAGCUGGUUCGGUCUCUCCACGUUCUGUCUCACCACGUCCUCUUCUACAACCUCAGCUCUCCGGAGCAGAUCCUCCAUCUGUUCCCCGACUCGUUCCACUCCAGUCUGAAGAACCUGAUCACCAAGAUCCUGCUGGAGAACAGUCCAACAUGGAGAACAGAAGCUCUCAGUAAUCAGAUCUCCCUCCCCCAGCUGAAGGAGUUGGACUGGAGAGUCGACAUGGUGACCGGCUCAGACUCAGUCAGUCGGAUGUCCGUCCCGACCUGCCUGGUUCAGCUCAAGAUGGAGGAUCCGUGUCCGUCAGCAGGCGGCGAGUCGGUUUCCGCGGUGACGGUGGAGCUGAGCCGGGAGUCUCUGGACACCAUACUGGACGGACUGGGACGCAUCAGAGACCAGCUGUCUGUGGUCGCUGGGAAAUGAGGCCUGGAGACAGCUAAUUGGCUUGUUCAUAUGAUGACAUCACAGUUUUUACAGAGUGACUGAAGCUGAAUGUUAAACAUCUCCACGUUUGACUGAUUUCUUCCACAUCAUGUUGAUUAUUUGUUGUUUUCUCCUGGAAGUUACUCGUCAGGUUUUUAACCCUGAACUAAUUAACGAGUUAAUUCAUCAGUUGGUCGAUUUACAGAAAUGUACACGUUUUUAUAACCGAUUUAUCAUCAGAAAGAAUCAACAUUUUUUUACUUUUUUUUCCUUCAGACCAAGAAAGAAUGAAUAUCUGCCAUCUGAUAUUUGUCAUGUUGAUAAUUUGUCCAUUGAAUGAUGAAUCAAAAGAAUAAUUAAGGGUCCAAGCAUGAAGUAAUGAAUAUGAAAUUAACUAGUGUCAAAGAUAUUACCCUCAAACUGCAGAUAUGUAUUUGAUUAAAGAUUAUUCUUUUUUACAUCCACUAAUAUGAAAAUAAACUCUAAGUCUUUAACAUCUAUGAAUCAUAUUCACCUACAUUUUAUACUUUUACUUCCUUCUAAAAUAAAACUACAGAUGCUACGAC